ACUGCCUCUCCCUCUUUGCCCUGCCUGCCAAGGGGGGCUGCAGCCAUGCCGAUGAGCCCUGUGGUGCCAUAGCCUGAGCUCACUGAUGACCUGGGGGCCAGGGGCCCUGAGCUCUAAGGAUGAUCCGAGGGGCCCGGCCGUCCUGUCCAGAGGGCCCGGCCAGGCCGUGGCAGCCUGAGGAAGGCCCCAUGGCCCCCUCUGCAUGCCGUUCGAGGUCUCCUGUCUGAAGGAUCUCAAAGGUUCCUUGGCCACGGUCGCCUGUCACCCCAGACCACCGCAGCCCGUCACUGCCGGCUGUCCUGGGAGAAUGUGAAUGCUGGCCGCUUGCUGUGGGCUUCGCUCCGCCCAGAGGUGAGCCCGGGCCACUAUGGGGGACUCCAGGGAACUCUGCCCUCACCUGGACUCCAUAGGGGAGGUGACCAAAGAGGACCUGCUGCUCAAGUCUAAGGGAACUUGCCAGUCAUGUGGUGUCACCGGACCAAACCUGUGGGCCUGUCUUCAGGUCGCCUGCCCCUACGUUGGCUGCGGGGAGUCCUUUGCUGACCACAGCACCAUUCACGCACAGGCCAAAAAGCACAACUUGACAGUGAACCUGACCACGUUACGGGUGUGGUGUUACGCCUGUGAGAAGGAGGUGUUCCUGGAUCAGCGGCUGGCGGCCCCCCCACGGGGAUCCUCGCCCACGUUCUCUGAACAGGACUCUCCCCCGCCUUCCCACCCGCUGAGAGCCGUCCCCAUAGCCGUGGCUGAUGAAGGUGAAUCCGAGUCAGAGGACGACGACCUGAAACCCCGAGGCCUCACAGGCAUGAAAAACCUUGGGAACUCCUGCUACAUGAACGCCGCCCUGCAGGCCCUGUCCAACUGCCCUCCGCUGACCCAGUUCUUCUUGGAGUGUGGAGGCCUGGUGCGAACCGACAAGAAGCCGGCUCUGUGCAAAAGCUACCAGAAGCUGGUCUCUGAGGUCUGGCACAGGAAGCGGCCGAGCUACGUGGUCCCCACCAGCCUGUCGCACGGGAUCAAGUUGGUCAACCCGAUGUUCCGAGGUUAUGCCCAGCAGGACACCCAGGAGUUCCUGCGCUGCCUGAUGGACCAGCUGCACGAGGAGCUCAAGGAGCCGGCCGUGGCGGCCGUGGCCGCGCUGACGGAGGCUCGGGACUCAGACUCGAGCGACACCGAGGAGAAGCGGGAGGGCGACCGGAGCCCGUCAGAGGACGAGUUCCUGUCCUGUGACUCAAGCAGCGACCGGGGUGAGGGUGACGGGCAGGGGCGUGGCGGGGGCGGCUCGCAGGCCGAAACGGAGCUGCUGAUCCCAGACGAGGCGGGCCGUGCCAUCUCUGAGAAGGAGCGGAUGAAGGACCGGAAGUUCUCCUGGGGCCAGCAGCGCACAAACUCGGAGCAGGUGGACGAAGACGCGGAUGUGGACACGGCCAUGGCCACCCUUGACGAGCAGCCCACCGAGACCCAGCCACCAUCACCGCGCUCCGCCAGCCCCUGCCGGACGCCAGAGCCGGACAACGACGCCCACAUGCGCAGCUCCUCUCGCCCCUGCAGCCCCACCCACCGCCACGGGGGCCACGGCAAGCUGCCCAGCAGCCCUCCUCGGGCGAGCCCCGUGAGGGUGGGGCCGUCGUAUGUGCUCAAGAAAGCCCAGGUGCCGAGCGCCGGCAGCCGGAGGCGGAAGGAGCAGCACUACCGGAGUGUCAUCUCCGACAUCUUUGAUGGCUCCAUCCUCAGCCUUGUGCAGUGUCUCACCUGUGACCGGGUGUCCACCACGGUGGAGACGUUCCAGGACCUGUCACUGCCCAUUCCUGGCAAGGAGGACCUGGCCAAGCUGCACUCGGCCAUCUACCAGAACGUGCCGGCCAAGCCGGGCGCCUGCGGGGACAGCUACGCCGCUCAGGGCUGGCUGGCCUUCAUCGUGGAGUACAUCCGACGGUUCGUGGUGUCCUGCACCCCCAGCUGGUUCUGGGGGCCCGUCGUCACCCUGGAGGACUGCCUCGCUGCCUUUUUCGCUGCUGACGAGCUAAAGGGUGACAACAUGUACAGCUGUGAGCGGUGUAAGAAGCUGCGGAACGGAGUGAAGUACUGCAAAGUCCUCCGGCUGCCCGAGGUCCUGUGCAUCCACCUGAAGCGCUUCCGGCACGAGGUGAUGUACUCGUUCAAGAUCAGCAGCCACGUCUCCUUCCCCCUCGAGGGCCUCGACCUGCGCCCCUUCCUGGCCAAGGAGUGCACCUCGCAGAUCACCACCUACGACCUCCUGUCCGUCAUCUGCCACCACGGCACGGCCGGCAGCGGGCACUACAUCGCCUACUGCCAGAAUGUCAUCAACGGGCAGUGGUACGAGUUCGACGACCAGUACGUCACCGAGGUCCACGAGACGGUGGUGCAGAAUGCCGAGGCCUACGUCCUCUUCUACAGGAAGAGCAGUGAGGAGGCUGUCCGGGAGCGGCAGCAGGUGGUGGCGCUGGCCGCCAUGCGGGAGCCCAGCCUGCUGCGCUUCUACGUGUCCCGGGAGUGGCUGAACAAGUUCAACACCUUUGCGGAGCCAGGGCCCAUCACCAACCACACCUUCCUCUGCUCCCACGGAGGCAUCCCGCCCAACAAGUACCACUACAUCGACGACCUGGUCGUCAUCCUGCCCCAGAACGUCUGGGAGCACCUGUACAACAGGUUUGGAGGUGGCCCCGCCGUGAACCACCUGUACGUGUGCUCCAUCUGCCAGGUGGAGAUCGAGGCGCUGGCCAAGCGCAGGAGGGUCGAGAUCGACACCUUCAUCAAGCUCAACAAGGCGUUCCAGGCCGAGGAGGCGCCCGGCGGCAUCUACUGCAUCAGCAUGCAGUGGUUCCGGGAGUGGGAGGCCUUCGUCAAGGGCAAGGACAGCGAGCCCCCCGGGCCCAUCGACAACAGCAGGAUCGCGCAGACCAAAGGAGGCGGCCACGUGCAGCUGAAGCAGGGGGCUGACUAUGGGCAGAUCUCGGAGGAGACCUGGACCUACCUCAACAGCCUGUACGGAGGUGGCCCCGAGGUCGCCAUCCGGCAGAGCGCGGCGCAGCCCCAGGACCCGGACGGCCUACACGGGGAGCAGAAGAUCGAGGCCGAGACGCGCGCUGUGUGACGCGGCGGGCCGCCCCUAGGUCACCCUGCCGGGCCCCUCCCUCUCCCGACACCCUCUCGUGUCCCCGAGCUCGCCUCCCACCAGGCUGCUCGGCAGGAUCCGCGUGCGGCCCCGGCUGAGCGCCCGGUGUUCCCGCAGGCCGCGUCUGCCCGCGUGCCGGGAGGGCGCCGCGGCCAGGGCUCUGCUUCACCGUGCGAGGCCAGGAAAUAGACUCCCUGCAGGCUUGUUUAAGCGACCAGGACUCUGUGACCUUCAUUUGACACCAGUCCCAGGCAGCCUUGUGUCCCCCGACCUGCCUCUCGCUAGAUCGGGCCCAGCCUUUGUCCCUGGCACCUGACGCCGCCCCCGAGUCAGAGCCUGGGGCCGGGAUGGAGCCUGCAGACGUCUUCCGCUGUGCACGGGGCGACGCGGGGAGCCGAGGCGCCGGAAGCCGCAGGUGGGCAGGGCUCCCUGUGCCUGCCCCUGCGGCCUCGCUCACCCCUGCAUCUCGGUGUCUCCAGGAAGACCCCAGAGGCCGGCUGCUCCCAGGGUCUCUGUCCUGCAGACAGAGCUUGGACGUGAAGGGGGCGUGGGUUGGACCUCCCACGGUGGGGACGCCCUCCCCGGUCCUGCUGAGCCUGCCCUGCGACUUGCCCCGCUCCUGGGAGAGCCGGCCCGGCCCCGCCCCCAGGGCACCAAUGACAAGCAGAAAUACCUCAACGUGUCGUCACCUGCUGCCCUCGCGCGCUCGGCCAAGCCUGCCGGGAGCCGUGUCCUGGGGGAGCCGUGUCCUGGGGGAGCCGUGUCCUGGGGGAGCCGGCGAGGAUGGGUCCUGAGACCAAGCCCCUCAGCCCGCUGUGGCCUGUCCUGGGGGAGCCGGCGAGGACGGGUCAGGAGGAGGGGUCCUGAGACCAAGCCCCCCAGCCCGCCGUGGCCUUCUCCGUGGAAGCGCCCCCAGGCAGUUGGAGAAGCCCUGAGCCCCCAGUGGGGCGGGGGUGGGGGGGGCGUCCUUCCCAGGGCCUGUUCCUUCCCCGGCCAGCAGGUGGCGUUGCUCGAAGGGCCCCGCCAGCGUUUCCCGUGUUGGAGCGCUGGGAGCCUGGGGUCGCCCCGCGGCCAGUCUGCGCCCAGGCUGUACAAUAAACACAGAUGCGUUCCCACGGCCCGCA